GAGUGGAGAGAUGGGCAACCGCAAGAGUGGAGCUCUGUCCAAGGACUUGUUGGAAGACCUGAAGCUGAACACUAUGUACAGCGAGGAACAACUGUGUACAUGGUACCAGACCUUCCUGAAGGAGUGCCCGAGCGGGCGCAUAAGCAGACAGCAGUUUGAGACCAUCUACGCCAGCUUCUUCCCCGACGCUGACCCCAAGGCCUACGCCUGCCAUGUCUUCAGAAGCUUCGACUCAGACAGUGAUGGCACAUUGGACUUCAAGGAGUAUAUUGUGGCCCUGCACCUCACCUCGUCAGGAAAGACCAUCCAGAAAUUGGAGUGGGCCUUCAACCUGUACGACGUGGACCGCAACGGCAGCAUCACCAAGAACGAGAUCCACGAGAUCGUCAAGUCAAUCUUCAACAUGAUCUCCAAGGAGGAUCAGAAGAACCUCCCAGAGGAUGAGAACACUCCGGAGAAGAGAACAGAUAAAAUCUGGGACUUCUUUGGAAAGAAAGAGAACGACAAGAUAACGGAAGGGGAGUUUAUCCAGGGGGUGAUGGCCAACAAGAACAUCCUCAGACUCAUCCAGUUUGACGAACCCCAGAAGGUCCAGGACAGGCUCAAGGAGAAGAAGCACUAGCAUUACUACUUUAUUAGUAGAAUAAUACUAUUUAUAUCAUAGGAUAAUUGUUAAUAGCUGUAAUAUUUGUCUUUUUGUUCAUAGAAUAUUUGUGUCUGGUUUGGAUCCAGUGUCUUUAGUGAAGGAGGACCCAGUUCUUGCGCGAAUGUAUGUUUAUU